CUCUCUCUCUCUCUCUCUCUCUCUCUCUCUCCCUCGCUCGCUCAUCAUUGCUUGCCGUGGAGCCUUUCGGCCACCAUGGGGAGUUUAAGUUGAAGGGGAGGGAGGGGUCCAAAGACGUCGUCUUCAUUUCUUGUUUCUUUUCCCCCAACAUUGACGCCAAUGAAGUCUUCCUUAUGCCGCCUUGCGGAGCACGCACUCGGUGGCAGUCUCCCCAAUGCGGCACGACACGGGGAACAGCCUCUCAGAGACGGGUGAAUCGUUUGUCCGCAAAAUCAUCGCUGCCGGGGCGAGCGUGACCUCUGCCGUGCGCAACCGCAGACAUGAGCGUCGUCAGGGACUUGCACGGGAUCGGCUUCAGAGGAGGCGGGGUGCUGGCCCAUUUCACGGAGGAUGCGCCGCGGCCGCCCGUCCCCGGCGAGGAGGGCUCUGACGUGGAGGCGCCCGCCCAGUCGCCGGCCGCCCGUCCCGGCGCGGCUGCCCAAACGCCCGGCUUUCCUCUCCCGCCGUCGGCCAAGACGGCCGACUCGUCCUCGGCGACGCCCCGCCGGCCCGACCUGGACCUGGGCUACGAACCGGAGGGCUCGGCCUCGCCCACGCCGCCCUACCUGAAGUGGGCCGAGUCGCUGCACUCGCUGCUGGACGACCAGGAAGGCAUCCAGCUCUUCCGCAACUUUCUGUGCCAGGAAAGCUGCGCCGACCUGCUGGACUUCUGGUUCGCCUGCUCCGGCUUCCGCAAGACCAGCCCGGAGAAGCGGGCCAAGCUGGCCAAGGCCAUCUACAGGAAGUACAUUGUGGACGGCGCCGCCAUCGUCUCCCGGCAGAUCAAGCCGGCCACCAAGAGCUUCAUUCGAGACUGCGUGGGGAAGCCGCAUCCCGACCCCGCCAUGUUUGAACAGGCCCAGACGGAGAUCCAGGCCGCCAUGGAAGAGAACACCUACCCUCUGUUCCUCAAGUCGGACCUGUACCUGGAGUACACGCGCACGGGCGGCGAGAGCCCCAAGCUCAACCCCGGCGAGCGGAGCCCGUCGUCAGAGCCCGCCAAGCCCGCGCCAGGCUGCCUGCCCACCCUGGCGGAAGACGAGGAGUGGAGAUGCGGAGGCGGGCAGAGGGAAGCGGAGCGAGACAAAGAGCAGUGCGGGGGGGGGGACACGCCGGCAGGAAGGCUGACCCGCAGCCUGCUCAUGCAGAGCGCUCCGCACAGGACCUCCACCGGCAGGCAGCGGCAAGACCCCAGCGAGUACAGACCCUGGAGAGAGCCGGUGAACCCGUACUACGCCAACAUGGGUUACGCCCGCGCCCCCGCCACCAGCGCCAACGACAGCGAGCAGCAGAGCAUGUCGAGCGACGCCGACACCAUGUCGCUGACCGACAGCAGCGUAGAUGGCGUUCCUCCGUACCGAUAUCGCAAGCAGCAUCGCAAGGAGAUGCAUGAAAGUGCCAAAGCUAACGGACGUGUGCCCCUACCUCAUAUACCCCGCACGUAUCGCAUGCCAAAGGACAUCCACGUCGAGCCCGAAAGGUUUGCGGCAGAGCUCAUCCGGAGGCUGGACAUGGUUCUCCGGGAGCGGGAGGCCGAGGAGCGACUGGAAGAGAGGCUGAAGCGAGUGCGACUGGAAGAAGAAGGCGACGACGACGCCGACGUCGGCACCUCCGUGCCGUCGCACGGCAUUUUGCUCCCGCUCCCUUCGUCCUUCCCGCCGCUCUACGGCGCCCACUACUCUGAGAACGCGGCGGCGUCUGUCGCCGCCUACGGCGGCCUGGCCUCCAUGGGGGAUGCGCACGACGACGACCCGGAGUCCAUCUUGGACGAGCACGUGCAGCGGGUCAUGAAGACGCCGGGCUGCCAGUCGCCCGGCGCCACCAACGCGGCCUCGGGAGGCCGACACACGCCGCCCAAAUCGUCACGGUCGCCCGACGGGGGCAUCGGCCCGCCGCACCGGGCGGUGGGGCACGGGCUGCCUGCCGCCGGGGUGAAAGGUGCGCAUCAUCACAAGCAGCUGUACCAUCACCGAGCACGAGAAGGCCCCGAAGAGGCAGCGGCCUCCCGCUCGCAGCCCAACUUCCCUUGGACCGGCGAGCCGGCCCUCCAGUACGCCGCCCGCAGCCGCAACUACGCCGACGGCGCCGGAGCCAGCACCCUGGACGCAAUGGGCUACAACAGUAAAGGAAGCACGCUGUCGAGGCGAGGCAAGAAGCCGUCGGACACCUCGGGCAAAGUCGACGACGGCCGCGGCGGGAUGGACGCGCAGGUGCCCCUGGAGGACCUGGAGAGGAACCAGAAGAUCCUCCAGUGGAUGAUGGAGGGCGACAAGCAGAGAAAAAGCUCCCACGGCGGCAGCGCCGGCAGCUCCCGGCGGACGGGGGGCAGCAGCGAGUCGCCGCGCCCCGCCUCGGUGGAGCGCCCCGGGGCCGUCCAUCCCUGGGUGUCGGCCCAGCUGCGCAACAACCCCUCCUCGCCCUCGGCGGCCCAGGCGCAGCCCUCCCACCCCUUCGUCCAGGACCCCGCCAUGCCGCCCAACUCUGCGCCCAACCCGCUCACGCAGCUGGAGGAGGCCCGGCGGCGACUGGAGGAGGAGAGGCGGAGGGCGGCCAUGCAGCAAGCCAAGCUCAGCAGGCACAAGUCUGGCAAGCGGCAAGUGUGCGACAACAUGACGGUGGCCUACUACUUCUGCGGCGAGCCCAUCCCGUACCGGACCUCCGUCAAGGGCCGGGUGGUGACCUUGGGCCAGUUCAAGGAGCUGCUCACCAAAAAGGGCCACUACAGGUUUUACUUCAAGAAGGUGAGCGACGAGUUCGAUUGCGGCGUGGUGUUUGAGGAGGUGCGCGACGAAGAAGCCGUCCUGCCCAUCUUCGAGGAGAAGAUCAUCGGCAAGGUGGAGAAGGUGGACUGAAAAGUCGGGCGGGAAAACACCACGGCACGUGGAGAUAGAAGGGAUGGACAAAGUGAAGUUUUGUCACCUUUGUCGAAAAUGGCCGCCGCCCUGGACAAAUUGGCAGCGGAUGAUGUCAUCUCGCCGACCGUCACUAACCAUGCUGCCACUUCAACAAAUACCUUCGACCCUUGAACCUGCAGCUCGAUUCACAGCGGAACCGAGGGAAAGAAGUACGCAAGUCAUGCGGGACGUCGCCCGGCCGGGCCCGGCCUGGCCGGGGGGCGGUCAAGUUCUCCGCACAACCAAAGCUACGUUUUUUUUGUUGCGUUGUGUUCAAAUUGAUCUAUGAAUUGUGUAUGUACAAGGUAUGGUACUAUCCGUGCAGCCUAGUUCGGACAUAUCUCCUUGCGUUAAUGCCCCGCCCUCCGUUUCGACCGAAUUCUGUUGAUUUCUGCCACCCCUGGCCUGAUUUUGUUCGCCUUUGUCCAAUCCAGCCAAAGAACGCAAUGCUGCGCAGGUUCCCGUUAACCGCCAGGAGUCGGAAAGAUCCGUGUGGCUGGCAGGAUGUCGAUUGGGGGAAAUGUAUUUGACAAAAAGUAAAACCAGAAACGGCAGAGCUCCGACUCUCAUCUCAAAUUCCCGUUAUCCGGUCGCGUCGACGGCAGCAAACGAGUUGCGGUCGGUGGCUUCGAAACGUCCGCCUCUAACGACAGAAAAGAUUUCUUUUUAGUUUAAAAUAACUCAUCCGAAUCCCGCAUGGAAUUGCGGCCAAAGGUCGCAUCCGGGCCGGCUCGUGUGCCUUUUAGUGCUGUAAAUAGUAACCUAGCUAAUUUGGGUUUGAUUCCGAGCUCCAGGACCUAUGAAAAAAGUGCCACGAAUAGUCCAAAAACAUGGUACAUGCUUUUAAGACAUGUUCUGCCUACUAGCUACACUUAAGACAAGCGUGCGCAUCCAAAUUUCUUCAUGGAAAAAAACCCCGAUUUGGACAAACCGUUGUUUAAGAUCUUAUUCGACUCAAUGUUGAGAAAGGAUGACAAUGUCCAAUUCAAAUCAUGUACAGUAUGUUCUACAUUUUUUGUAAGUGAAUGAAAUGUAUUGUCAUUGCAAAUUUUUUAUAGACACGCUUUCAAAACAUUGCAUGCCUACUUUUAAACGUGUAGGAAGAAUAAUUGGAUGCUAUUUUACAGACAGCAACUAUAUUUGCUAUAUUACCUUGAGUCAGAUGAAAGGUGCAGAUCGCAGGUUAGACUAUUUCCUUUGUUUUAUUUAACUAUUAAAUAGUUCAAAUUUGGGCCCCCGCAGAAAAUUGGAUCAAUUGGUUUAGCCAUGUAAAGUUGCCCGUCAUUGAAGGCAGCAAAUUUGUUCGAAUGUAAAACCGAAUUUGGGAAGUUGAAUGUAUUAUUAUUAUUAUUAUUAUUCAUCGACUGUGUGCGUGUCAUGGUUAGCAUUUUAAAAAAAAAAAGUACAUUCGAAUGUGUGGACCUCUGGGAAAAGUCGGCGUCCCACCCAAACUGACGUCAACUUAUGCCUUUAUAAAUGUUUAAAAAUGAUUUGUUUAUGAAAAAAUAAUUUUAAUACUAAGCAUGUUCUGUACUUGUAACUGCCUUGCUAGUGGAUUUUUUUUUUUUUAAACACUAGCUAACAUCUCGUCCUUUGUUUCUGAAAACCAGUGCCUUUUUAUCCUGUCUUUAUUUUUGUCGAUAGAAAACCCCGAUUAAUUUCCCACUGCUUAAUUAGUUUGGCUUCAAAUGUGCCCAGCUCACUCGUCGCUCUCAUCCGGUUUUCUGUAAAUAUGUACAUGAUCAUUUCAUCCACGCGCCACAGCAAGAUGUCACUGUGCCGGUUCCACUUGUACAUUUCUUUUCAAAAAAGGUACUUCCUAAAUAAAGAUGUUGGCGAAAUGGUA